AUGGGCGUCGGUCGAUUCUUCUGCGUGCUAUUGCCGUUCGUGCUCACAGUCGGCUCCAUCAUCUUCCUACUAGUCGGUGCUCUCGCUGGUGUCGCCGAUAAGUCUCUCUACAUCUUCCGAAUCGAUGUCAAGAACCUCAGCAUCAGCCCUGCCGAUGUCGGCAACAUUAUCGACAACCUUGACCUCAAGAACUUAAAAUUGGAUACCCGCGAUGUGCCUAUCAUUGAGGAGCGUGCCGCCACGGUCAAGGACAACAUUACCGCUGAGCUGCUCGGUCUCGACAAGUACUACGACAUUAACCUCUGGGGUUUCUGUAAGACCGACUCAGAUGGCAAGCGAAAGUGCGAGAAGCCCGAGUUUGAUUGGGCCAACAAGAAGUUGAACACUUCAUAUCUCAUUGGUGCCGACAAGAAUGUCCAGAUUGAACUUCCUGAUGAGAUUCAGGAUGCUCUCAAGGCCUUCAAGACUGUCACCAAGUGGACACAAGUUGUCUACAUUGCUGCUUUUAUCGCCCUCGCUGCUGAGAUCAUUCUCGGCAUAUUCUCCAACUGCUCUCGCAUAUUCUCAUGCUUGACAUGGAUCGUUGCUGGUAUUGCAUCUACUCUCGUUAUCGCCGCUGUUGUGCUCUCUGGUGUGUUUGCUGGUACAGUCGUUGGUGCUGUUGAGAGCACAGCCAAGUUCUACGGUGUCAAGGGUGAUAUCAACGGCCGAUUCUUCGCCUGUGUCUCUAUCGCAGCCGCCUUCGCCAUCGCAGCCGGUCUCUUCUGGAUGUUCACCAUCUGCUGCUGCAAGCCCGAGAGCCGAAGUCGCGACAAGAAGAACCGCCGAUCCGACGGCGAGAAGCUCCUUGGUGGUGGUGCAGCCAACAAGCACGGCUCUUACGCCCCUCUCGGCGACGACCACGAGAUGCAGACCGGCUACUACAACCACAACCAGUCCCAGUCUCAGUACGGUGCUCCUCGCUACCCCAGCGGUACUGCCCGUUCUGAUCUCGCCUACGAGCCUUACUCUCAUCGCGCUUAA